AUGUCUUCAAAAUUUACCCGUCGGCAACCGGUUAAAUCUAAACGUUUGAGAUUUUCUAGUCCAACAAAUGAGUCAUUUGCUAAUUUAAACUUCUGUGAUAUUCCAAUACGUAACACUUCCAAACUUUUUAGUCCGCAGAAACAACACGACUCAAAUGUUGGCGCACUUUCAUUUUCUGCAUGCCAGUCCUCACCGACAGAGAUUUCAAGUUUGUUAUCCAUAUUUGUUGCUUGUCUAGGGUCAUCUUGUAUAAGUUUAAUGCUUAUUUCUUGCGAGAGAUUUCUGUCAAUUAUGUAUCCAUUGAAAAUGAUUGGACUGCAAAAUAGACGAAAGGUAAUUGUUAUAUUUCUAGAAUGGAGCGCUGCAAUAAUUAGUUCACUGAUACCUGUAUUCGGCUGGAACAAUUAUCGUGACAGCGAAAGUUUGCAGUGUUUUGAUCGAAACAUAUGGCCUCAAGAAUAUAUUCAAUGGAUAAAUGGUCAAUUUGUCGGUUUAAUCAUACUCAAUAUUAUCUGCUACGCCAUUGUCGUACGCGUUGCUAUCAACAAAGCUAGACAAAGGUCAGCGCGAGUAAGUGUUGCACAGAGAGUCAAAGGUGCAAAGGAUUUGCAAAAUGUUAUAACAAUGGUAAUAGUGUUAGGAGUGUUCGCCCUUUGCUGGUUACCAUAUGUAACGAUGUUCAUUGUUGUUCAGUUUUGGGACACGAGUCAAUCAGAUUACAUAAGAAGAGUGAGUCUUAUACCAGGGCUCUUGAAUUCAUCUCUGAACUGGAUUAUAUAUGGAUACAGAAACAUGGAGUACAGAAAAGCCUUUAAAAAGACUUUGAGAAAACUACUUUGUAGAGAUGAUAAUGCACAUGUGACAAUGAUCAGUUAAAGUGGUAGAGUUAUUGGAUUCA